AUGAGAUCUGCGUUGAACUUUCCCACAUGUCGGUUUCUGCAAAACAAAGUGGGGACCGUACUUCGUUCUCCCCGGCCUUACAUUCUGGACUUCAGUUUUAAUAAGCUUCCUUUCAAUUCUCUUAAAUCCUGUAUUCCUGAGUCUUCCAGAAAAACUAUUAAUGCGGAUCAUUUGCCUACAGAAUAUAGAGAGCCAUACAUUUUGAAGGGAUACAGAAGUAGCACCGAUUUUCUGGGCAGUCUUCAUUCUCUAUUUUGGUUGCAUAAUGAGUCUUUUAAUUGCUGGAGUCACAUCCUUGGAAUCCCCAUGGUUCUUUCCUUCUUUGCUGAAGAGUACAUUACUUCGUCAAGCCCUCUAAUGUAUCUGUACCUCUUUUCCUGCCUUUGCUUUGUCCUGGGAAGCAGUUUCGCCCAUACAUUUUGCUGCUACAGUAGACUUUCUCGUGAUGCUUAUUUCACGGUGGAUUAUAUUGGUCUUACUAUCUUCACUUGUGGUUCUGGUGCGGCCUACGUUGCCUUCUCAUUUCCAAUAGAGUUGUCCACGAUACCCGGCGUUGCCUUUGCAGCACCUGGGAUCAUCAUGUCUUUUCCUAUUUUGUACAAGAUUUACGCAUGCUACUGUGGCGCCAAUACCUAUCCACCUCACUACUGUGAUUCUGCUGUGAUCUGGCCGAAGCAAUUUUUAACGUGCAUUAUCUCCAUAAUUUUCUACGUCUCACGCUUUCCUGAGUACUUCUACCCCGGAAAAUUUGACUACUUUGGGCACAGCCACAAUGUCUUUCAUAUUGGUGCACUUCUUGGUCUUCAUUACCAAAAACUCGCGCUUUCACUUGACUUGGAAUUCGCCAAGGCGCACCAGAUAGCCAAAAGUCACGGUAUGAGUUGGUCGCUGUUUCCACUGAUAAACUCCUGGAGGAGGGUGUCGCGGAUAGCGUUUUGCGUUCACCACCAAUUCUUUAGCUCCGUUCCAAUUGAGGUCGCGGAGAUACCGCGCGCGAAUACCAUCGCCUGGGUGCAGUCUAUUCGUCGGCACAAGACCAAAACCUUCCUCAAUGUCAAUGAUGGCACUUCACCUAAUGACCUGCAGGUGGUCUGUUCAACACCCAAUGUGCCAGAAGGUCUGUCCGUGGGGUGUGCGGUCUAUGUGGAGGGUCAGAUGGUGCUUCACGGCCAUUCGCAUGCGCCAGAGGUUCGCGCAGAGAGCGUCCGUCUCCUUAGUCCUCCGGUAAAUGCCAUCACCGCAGAAGCCAGCCACAUAGUGGGUGCAAUGUCGCACUCGCGUCCUCGUCUCGGCCUCCUUCGCUCCGAACACGGACUCUUCUGGCGCCACCGCCUUCCCGAAAUGGCUUCAAUGCUUCGUCUUCGCGCCGCGUGCAAAUCUAUCGUCCGUCGCGUCCUUCAGACACGUGGUUACCUCGAGGUGGACACGCCGAUUCUGACCACCACGGAUUGCGAGGGCGCCGGAGAGACCUUCCUUGUAAAAUCAUCUUCCACGACGGAGAAGGAUCAGGUUGCAGCACCCCUACACCUCACCGUUAGCGCGCAACUCCAUUUGGAGGCACUGGCCCUGGGCAUGAGCAAGGUGUACACGCUAAGUCCAACAUUUCGAGCGGAGCCCUCGCAUUCGCGCCUCCACUUGGCCGAGUUCCUGAUGCUGGAGGCAGAGUCAGUUACUAUGACGACUGUAGACGCCCUCUGCGACGAGAUAGAAAGCAUUGUGCGCGAUAUCGCAUCCCCUUACCUCGAUUUGCUGUCCACCAUCUCGCAAAACGAUCUGCAUCACAUUCUCUCCUAUCUCUCUGAGACGCCGGGCGCAGUGAGUCCCUCGGAGCACCUUAAGACCCUCCAGUCCGUACUCAGCCGCCCAUUCACGCGAAUGACCUUCCAUGAGGCCCUUGACUAUCUGGAGCGUCACGGCAAGCGGAACUCCACCACCAACACCGAAGUUAGUGGCUUCAACAAGGAGGAGGAGCAGGCACUGUGCGUCACUGUCGGCGGUGGCGUCUUUGUAACCGACUUUCCCGCCGCGCAAAAGCCCUUCUACUGUGCACAAUCACUCACCUCGAAAAACACCGAGCCUUCGGUGGCUGCAGUUGACUUGCUGAUUCCUGGUGUAGGAGAAUUGGUGGGCGGAUCGGUGAGAGAGUCGCAGAAGGAGGUGCUGUUGACACGAAUGCCCGGUGGUGAGACGGGAGCGUUGGGGUGGUAUGCGAACCUUCGAGGGCAUGGUGGUGCUCCACAUGGAGGGUUUGGUCUGGGAUUCGACCGGCUUCUGUUAUGGUUAUUGGGUGUCUACAACAUUCGUGACACGGUAACAUUCCCCAGGGAGAUUGGGAAGAUGUACCUCUAG